AUGGGCGUCGCAGUAACCACCGCCAUGAGAAUUGCUCGCUACCAUCAUAUUCACGUCAUGGACUCAGACCACCAUCUUCUUAUCAGGUCCACCACUCCCUCCCGACUUCUCUCACGGCAAAUCCCAUAUCAGAUCCGCCAAAUCCACCGCAGGAAUUUCUCCAGCCUGAAUCCAACCACUAAUAUGAAAAUCGCUAUCACCGGUGCCCGCGGCACCGUAGGACGCGCUGUUGUCAAAGAAGCCUCUCAGGCCGGCCAUUCCACAGUCCAGGUUGACCGAACCGAUACCGAGUACGAUGGAACGCCCAAUUCCGAGAUGAAGACCGCCGACACGGCCAAUGACUACGAAGCCACACUGGAAGCCUUCAAAGGCUGUGACGCCGUCAUUCAUCUUGCCGCCAUACCAGACCCCGUUGGGAAGGACGACCAACUGGUUCAUAACAACAAUGUUACAUCGGCAUUCAAUGGCUUCUACGCCGCUGCGCAACUGGGAAUUAAACGAUUCUGCUACGCGUCGUCAGUGAAUGCGAUCGGUCUCGAAUAUGCCACGCAACCGCUCAGAUUUGAAUACUUCCCCGUUGACGAAGAAGCGCCACCCAAUCCGACAGAUUCUUACGCACUGGCCAAGCAAGAAGCUGAGACCCAAGCGAGGACAUUUGCUCGAUGGUUCCCCGGAAUGAAAAUCGCGUGUAUGCGUAUCCAUGCCGUGGCAUCCCGCGAGGAGGCACAGAAAGGACACAAGGAGAAUUGGGAGGACUCAGCUGUCAAAAGCCUGUGGGGAUGGGUGAGCCCGGAUGCGACUGCGAGAGCCUGCUUAUUGUCUGUGGAGAAGGCUGAGAAACUUAAUGGGUGCGAGAUAUUCAAUGUUGUUGCUCCGACAACGACACAGGACACGCCGUCGAUUGAGCUUGCGAAGAAGUAUUAUCCCGAUACCGAGAUUCGGCGCGAGCUCAAAGGAAAUCAGUCUUUCUUCACGGCUGAAAAGGCAAAUAGGAUACUUGGUUGGGUCCAUGAGGAGUGACUGGUCGGUAGAGCAUGUCGGCUAUAGAAACAUUUUCUGCCGAGGUCGAAGCGAAUGAACCAAAUCAGUCUGUAAUACCAACAAAUAGCAAUGCUCACAUUUUUAAGUUAGG